GUAAAGAAACUAGUUUCUUAAUUACUGACUAUCUUCGUAAACGCGACUAUUGUUUAUUAUUCACGAUCUUCUAAAAUGUCAGUAUUAUAAAAUUAAACUUGCUUCGUAAAUGACACUGAUGUGUCAGAUCGGAAAUAAACGUGAUUUGCAAGAAAUAAUUUAUUGUAAAGAUUUUAAAAAGGAAUUGACAAUUUAAAUAAUAAACUUUGAAUGUCGUUUCUUUGUUUUCAGAGCAACACAAUCUUUUAAAUUGUACAAUUCCCUAUAAACGUCUUAUAAAACGACAUUUAUAGUUAGAAAUAAGAUAAAUAUGGAGAAACUACGAUUUAAAUUUGAAGUUCAAGGGUCGGCAGAUGGAAAAACCAAUGUGAUCUGCAUAACCUCUAUCGAGACACCAGACGGCCGUGUUUACGAGAUUCCAGACGAGUUAAAACCAGCAAGUAAGCACAAUGUCAUAUUAACUACGGAAUUAUUUACGAAAAUUAAGAAUACGCUUAAAAAGAGACAUCAGACACGAUCCUUAUGGAUCCCUCUUAAUACGGAACUGAGAAAAACAUAUCUAGAUGAGGGUGAAAAUGUGCAAUUUGGGAACCAAUAUUUGGAUGAGACCACAGGAGAGGCAAAUGCUUCAUAUAAAAAUUCUAGUAUGUCAGAAAAUAAAAACCUAGGAAAAACCGCAGAACGGUUUGUAAUCGAAAAAUUUUCAAACAAAUCAUCCAGCGCUGACCAAUGGAUAAAUGAUUUCGAGAGUGAAUGUGAAAGAUUCCAAAUUCGACACGAUGAAGAGAAAAUUGGGAUUCUUAAACACCUCCUAGAAAAACAAUGUUUGGAUUGGUAUGCCAGUAUGCUAAUAAAGAUGAGUAUGAAUUCUGACUGGGCAAAAUGGAAGAAUGCCUUUUGUGAAACUUAUGGUAAUAAGGGUUGGUCUCAAAUUAAAUACGCAUUUAUUUUUAAAUAUCAGAGUGGAUCUUUAUUAGAAUAUGCUACAAAAAAGGAAAGGCUAUUAUUAGAGGCCAAUAAGAACAUUGACACGAAAACCCUGAUAACUCUUAUUGUCAUAGGAUUACCAGAUUAUGUAAUGGACAAAAUUGAUAAAGAAACUAUUAAAACAACGGAAAACCUUUAUAAUGAAAUAGGGAAACAUGAAUCAUUGAUUAAAAAGAAAUACAACAACAACUACAGGAAGAAUACAUACGAAAAGAAUAAUUAUGAAUAUAAAGGAAAGAUGGAGAAUGAAAAAAAACCAUGCAAGAUAUGUGAAAAAUUAAAUAAAGGUUCUCGAUUUCAUCCGGAAGAAAAAUGCUGGUUCAAACAAACAGAAGAAUAUAAUCAAAAGAGAAAUAGUGGUAGAACCAUAAACAAUACAGUAUUAGAUGUGGAACUAAGUAAUGAAGAAAAAAAAACGAGUAGUAACACCAUUAAUUAAAAUUAAACUAUUAUUAAAUUCACAACUAGAAAUAUCCGGAAUAUAUGAUUCUGGUUCAAAUAUUUCUAUAAUUAACUCAAAAUUAGUAAGAUGGAGUGGAGAAGAAGAAGAUGAUUCAAAAAGAGAUAGUUUAAUCACGAUUAAUGGUGUUAAAAAGACAAUUGGCUUAACAACUAUUAAAAUAAAAAUAUUUGAUAUAGAAGAUAAUGCAGAUGUCUAUAUUAUAGACGGAGAAGAUUUCAAAUAUGAUUUCCUAAUUGGAUUAAAUCUCAUACAGCAAUUUCGAUUGAUUCAAGAUGAGAAUAUGAAAAUUACACAGAAGAAAGAGAAAAUAAAAGAAGAAAAAGAAUUUAGAAAUGAUAAAGAGGAAAAUAAAGAAUACCAAAACCCAGGUUCGGUGAAUUUCAAUGAACAUAUAAAAGAAGAAGAUUUCAAAAUAAGUAUGGGAAAUUUGAAUACACAACAAGAAGCAGAAAUACAUAAACUGAUAGAUAAAUAUAAAUCAAUCUUUGCAAAAGAUAAAUAUGAUAUUGGUACAGUAGAAAAAUAUGAAGCACGCAUUGAUUUACUAAUGGACAAAUACUGCAGCAAAAGGCCAU